ACCUCGAGUAUAAUCCACAAUAGUAUAUUACCUUAUAGUGAAUUGCUUGAUUGAGAUUGCGACUGAGAAUCAACUAAGCACUCAAGCCGGCCGGGGCGGCCUAUAAUAUCAUAGACCGUAGAAACUUGGAUAGAGACCUCUUCAGCCUCGAUAUGAAGUUACAAAUGCCGUGAGAUUUUCACUAAACACAUGUUAAAUGACCAUUUCACCCCUAGACGCCGUCUUGAGAUUCUUCCCGCCAAGUUUGAUGCUUCCGUUAAAAAAGCAGAUAACCCCCUAAAACUGAAAAACUCUCCCCCAAAGAAAUUGAAGAGUGAUGAGUGAUGGCCGCUACUAGUUCGUCGCAGAUUCUCCUCCACACGGCGGCUUUCGUCUCCGAAACCCUUUCGCAAUCGGACCUCCGCCGCCACCUCCUCUCCACGCUCCGCCACAGGCUGCCGCCGUCGCAGUACAGCCAAAAAAAGAGGCUCAUCCUCGCCGCCGAAGCCCUAGAAAACGCCAUCGCCGCCGGCAGCGCCGCCGUGAGAGCCUCCUCCCUCCGCCUCUGCGAGAAGCUCCUCCUCUCCGCGCCGAGAAGCCCGUUCUCAUCUCUCCUCCUCUCCCUCAUCUACGGCCUCAGCCGCCGCUCGGUCGACGCCGCCGUCUGCCUCCUCGAGAUCUUCAGCACCGCGCCGGCGCUCGCCCGGACGGAAGUGGCGCCGGUGCUGUUCGAGGAGCUCUUCCUCGUCCACCUCCUCCCGGUUCUCCAAUGGUACAACCGCCGCCGAUCGCAGAUCCUGCCGGCGAUGUCCCCAAACUUGAGCUACCAAAACGACGACGUUUCGAUCAACGACGUGUCGGUGGCGUUUUCGGGGUCGAAUUCGCUGUCGAAGAUGAGCGGUGACCAGACGGCGGGGCUGAAGGAGCUGGAGAGCAGCUACGAGAGGGUUUUGGAUGAGAAUUGUAGGGUUUUCAGUGAGUAUUUCAGAGCGGUUUUGGAUAAUAAAGACGGACGAGUUAUUCAGCCGCCGGCUGUGGUGUUGGAAUCGAGUGAAGGAAGUGAUGAAUUCCGGUAUGAUGAUCGGAGUAGUAGUAACGGUGAAGAUGAGGCUGGAUUUGAUAACGGACGGUACAAUCCAAUUUGGGCUGAAGCAGAAAAUUCAGUUGAAUCAUUCAGCAGGGGCAGCAGUGUAAGACGACCCAGGUCUCCCCCAUUGUAUCCCCAAAGAGUUGCACUUGAUGAUAUCAUCACAGGCCACACACCCUCAUGGAUGUCGGGAGGAAGGCCAAAUGUAAAUUCAGAUUCUGAGCUGGAAGAGUCUUCAUUAGAGGAUCAUUCUCUUGAUUCUUCUGCGGAUUCCGAGGCCGAAAUUGAGGAAAACAACACAAGAAUGGAAUUGUUUGAUCCCGGACAGAACCAAAUCCAAAAGCUAAAGCAACCCAUUACUGCUGAAUCGAGCCGUUCAUCUCCAAAUCGGGUCAUGGCAGAUUCUAAAAACCAGUCUAGUAGUGGAAAAUUUACUCCUCCUAAGGACUUUGUGUGUCCCAUAACUAGUACCCUUUUUGAUGAUCCUGUGACACUUGAGACUGGUCAGACAUAUGAGCGAAAAGCCAUCCAAGAAUGGCUCGAUAGAGGAAACUCAACCUGCCCAAUUACACGCCAGAACUUGCAAAGUACCCAACUGCCUAAGACCAAUUAUGUCCUCAAACGUCUAAUUGCAAGUUGGCAAGAACAGAACCCUGGUAUAGCCUUCAGUCCAUCCGAUAAUCCAAGCCCGCAGAUUGAGCCAAUGGUGAAAUCAGUAGUGCCUUCAACAUCUCCUGUCAGUGUCAUAAGCCAAGCUGCAAUUGAUAGUGCACUUAGUGAGUUAAGAAUUUCCAUUACCAAUCUUUGUAUGUCAGAAAUUCUCAAGGAGUCUGAAAUGGCUGUUCUUCGUAUUGAGCGCUUCUGGCUGGAAGCAAAUAUGGAAUGGAACAUUCAGAGUAUGCUUUCGAAGCCUCCGGUUAUUAAUGGCUUUGUGGAGCUUCUUUUCAAUUCUAUUGAUCCUCGAGUUCUAACAGCUACAGUUUUCCUCUUGUCUGAGCUGGGAUCAAGAGACACUGCUGUGGUUCAGACACUAACUCAGGUUGAAUCUGAUGUUGAAUGUAUUGUGGCUCUUUUCAAAAAGGGGUUGCUGGAGGCAGUUGUCUUAAUAUAUCUGUUGAGGCAUUGUAUUCUUAAUCUAGUCAAGAUGGACCUGGUGGACUCUCUCUUAUUGGUUAUCGGAAAGAGAGAUGAUGAUUUCCCUAAUAUGUGUCUAAAGCCAAAAUCAGCUGCUGUGGUUUUACUGGGGCAUAUUAUUGGUGGUAGUGUAUCAAUUGCCAGCACUUUGACUUCUGACAAAACACUUGAGAGAAUAAUCAGCAGUUUGGAAUCUGAAUCAGCAGAAGAGAAGACUGCAGCUAUUGGGAUCUUAUUACGAUGUAUGCAACAGGAUGGGCAUUGCAGGAACACAAUAGCUGAUAAAGCCGAGUUAGCACAUGUUUUGGAUAGCUUCACGGGUGCAAAGGAUGAAGAACGGUUUGAAAUAGUUCUCUUCUUGUCUGAGUUGGUAAAACUAAACAGAAGGACAUUCAAUGAACAACUCCUGCAUAUUAUAAAGGAUGAGGGUCCUUUCAGUACAAUGCACACCCUUCUUAUUUAUCUACAGACCGCUGCUCCAGAUCAUUGUCCUGUUGUGGCUGGUCUACUACUUCAACUUGAUCUUCUGGCAGAGCCGCGAAAGAUGAGCAUAUACCGGGAGGAGGCAAUGGACACUCUCAUCUCAUGUCUCAGAAAUACUGAGGUCCCUACUGUCCAAAUCGCUGCUGCUGAGAUCAUUAUGUCACUGCAAGGGAGGUUCACCACAUCAGGAAAGCCUCUUGCUAGGGCUUCCCUUCUGAAACGUGCUGGCCUUGACAAGAUUUAUAAACAACGUGUGCGAAUAGAUCAACUUAGCAGCUUCUCUGGAGAAGAUGACACUCUUGAGGAAGAAAAGGCGGCUGAUAACUGGGAAAGAAAAACGGCAUUUGUUUUAGCAAGCCAUGAGUUUGGUCUACUUUUUGAGGCCUUGGCAGAAGGAUUGAAGAGCAGAAUCUCAGAAUUAUGCUCUGCAUGCUUUGUCUCAGCCACAUGGCUUGUACAUAUGCUCAAUGUCCUUCCAGAUACAGGAAUUCGAGGAGCAGCUCGUUUGUGCUUGAUUAAACGCUUCAUAUCAAUAUUUAAGUCUGCUAAGGAUAUUGAAGACAAAGCCCUUGCCUUGCUAGCGUUGGGCAGCUUCAUACAUGAUCAGGAAGGAAUGCAAGAAUUUAAUUCUUGCAGGAGGGAUAUAGUCAAAGGCCUGAGAGAGCUUAAGAGAUACACUCCCUUGGCAUUUCAAAUGCUCAAAGUAUUUUCUGAAGGACAAGACUCUAGUGCCGAACUGUGGGAUCAUAAAGAAUUAGUUCAAGUAGAUAGCAGUGAGAAUGGAGAGGUCCUCUCAGUAGUUUGCUUCAAGGAUAAAAUAUUUUCUGGCCAUUCAGAUGGAACUAUAAAGGUCUGGACGGGUAAAGGCAGCAUUCUCCAUCUAAUCCAGGAAACUCGAGAACAUACAAAAGCAGUGUCUAGCUUGGCAAUUUUGCAAUCAAAGGAGAUUCUAUAUAGUGGCUCACUAGAUAGAACAACAAGGGCCUGGUCUAUAAGCAAUGAAGGAAUCCAAUGUGUAGAAGUCCAUGAUAUGAAAGAUCAAGUUCAUAGUCUGGCCGUCACCAAUAGCUUUUCAUGCUUCAUUCCACAAAGCAGUGGUAUCAAGGCUCACUCAUGGAAUGGAGGAUCCAAAAUGUUAAAUUCGAGCAAAGCUGUAAAGUGCUUUGCUCUGGUAAGUGGGAAAAUAUACUGUGGAUGCCAUGAUAGCACUGUUCAGGAGAUUGAUUUGGUCACAGGAACACUUAGUACCAUUCAAACUGGCUCCCGGAAAUUACUUGGGAAAUCAAAUCCUAUAUAUUGCAUUCAGUAUCAUAGUGGAAUGAUAUAUGCAGCAGGUGCUUCGUUGGAUGGAUCAGCAGUGAAGAUUUGGAGUGCUGCCAACUUCAGUUUGGUUGGGUCUCUGUCAACUACACUAGAAGUGCGGGCUAUGGCAUUAAGCUCGGAACUGAUCUAUUUGGGAGGUAAAGGAGGAUGUGUGGAAAUUUGGGAUAGGGAAAAGCAGAACAGAAUAGUAGACACUCUACAAACUGGCACAAAUUGUAAGGUUCUUUCCUUGGCUCUUGAUGCCAAUGAGGAACUUUUGGUCACUGGAACUUCUGAUGGCCGAAUCCAGGCAUGGGGACUAAACUAAGAGAACUUGAGAGCAGCUGAAGAUACUAGGUGAUUUUUAGAUGAAAUUCUUUGUAAUAAUUUUUCUUUGUUUAAAAGCCUUAUAGGAAUAUAUAUAUAUAUAUAUAUAUAUAUAUAUAUAUUACUAUAUGAGAUGUAAACCAUUGCAUUGUAAUUUGGCAUAUCGUAGCUGUG